UGUUUUUCCAAAAUGGUAAGUUUGGGAGCUUUUCUUAAAAAAAAAACAAAGCCAGAAUAAAUAUUUAGCUGAUGCUAUGAUGUGGCCUUCACUCCAGGGGUCAGGUCACUGGAGGGCAUGUGGAAAGGGACGGCAGCUGGGAAGCUAAAAAGAAGAUGAAGAUUGUAAUCCCAGACAGAGGAAGGCUCUUGGGACAGUGGAAAACUAAUGAUGGGAUGCUCUAGGGAAGAGCAAAGGCCAGGAAAUAAAGGGGAGUUAAUGUCACUCUCCAUCCUGCAUGAGAAGAGAUCCAAACACCAGUGGCUGGGACAGGCUAUGGUGACAGUCUGUGUAGAUCUGGUUGGCAACACCCAGAAGAGCAGUGCCAGGUGGGACACGAGGUUCCUGACAUUGUCCCCAGACUCCACCUGGAGAGAGGUAACAGAGGAGUUUGAGAAGCAGAAGGGAAAGUGGGUAAAGGAGAAGUGCCGUGGUCCCUUUGGGCACUGCUCCCCGGCCAGGGGCUGGGUGGGAUGUUUGGAGACUCUGGACUCCUCUGGUGCCAAGCCAAUGCAGUGACUGAAGCUCUUCUCACUCGUGGGGCAGCUCUGCUGCUUUGCUUUGCACUCAGAGCAGUUACACUUCCACUGUUCAUUGGCAAAGCAGUCCUGGGACACCAUGUGCUGUGGAGAACACCAAAAUGUCAGAGACUUUUCUUGCUCUUGGCUUUUGAGACCAAAUCAGCUCAGCUGUGACCUCCUUGCCUCAGUCCUGUGCUCAUUUCCAACAUCCGCUUUUGGUUUCAUUUUUUCAGUGGGUGUCCAUAGUUUGGUCUUAAAGGCAGAAAUUACAGAGUGGGAUUCUCUGAACAUUUUCCUUACAAAAAAUCUGGGCUCCAUGCAGCUUAGAGAAGGGAGUUUGCCUCAUGCCAAAACCCAUCCCCCUAACACAGCAUGGGUGCUGCAAUGGGAUUCCAACAUACCUUCCACCUUAAAAAUCUCUGUUUAUCCAGUGACAAGUUCACUCUGGAGUGCUCCUCAGGGGCAAGGCAAACACUGGCAGGCAAUGAUGACAGAGGUUGUCAGCUCUGCCUCUGCCUAUCAGGUGAUGGGUGGGGAUAAAAUGCACAUUCCUGCCUCAGCCUGUCUCUAGUCCCAGCUCCCGGCACAGAGCUCUCAUGAUGCUCUGGGUGAUUCUCCUCUGUACCUUGGUGUCAUCGCUGCUCGGUGGGCUCUAUGUCCUGGGUGUGUUUCGGAGACGGAGACCAGAUGAGCCACCCCUGGAAAAAGGUACCAUUCCCUGGCUGGGCUAUCUGCUGGAAUUCAGAAAGGACAGCUCAGAGUUUCUCAAAAGGAUGCAGAGGAAGCAUGGGGAUGUUUUCACGGUGCUGAUCGGUGGCUAUUACUUCACUUUUGUGAUGGAUCCCUUCUGCUUUGGCACCAUUGUGAAGGAAUCGCGAUCCAAACUGGACUUUAGGACUAAUGCAGCUCGGCUGGUUGUGCAGGUUUUUGGCUACAAGCCCAUUGAAGCCACUCAAAAUGUAGUUCAUAUAUCAAGCACAAAGCACCUGAUGGGAGAUGGCCUCACUGUCCUCACACAAGCCACCAUGGAGAGCUUUCGGAAGCUGCUGCUUUUCAACCUGAGCUCAGGAGAAAAGAGAGUGUGGCAGGAGGAAAACCUCUUCCACUUCUGCUACAACAUUGUCUUCAGAGCCGGCUAUCUGGCUCUGUAUGGCACCGAGCCACCCCAACGGGCAGGGAACAAGGACAAAGCUGAAGAGCAGGAUCGCCUCCACUCCAAUCAGCUCUUCCAGGAGUUUCGGAAGUACGACCGUUUCUUCCCUCACCUGGCCUAUGCUGUGAUGCCUCCCAGGGACAAAAGAGAAGCUGAGCGGCUUAAGAGACACUUCUGGAACAUGCUGUCUGUGAAGAAGGUCUGGCAGAAGGACAAUAUCAGUGGCUGGAUAAGUGAUCAAGACCAACUUCUGGCUGAAAAUGGUGUCCCUGAGCACAUGCGGGAUCGUUUCAUGUUCAUGCUGCUCUGGGCAUCCCAAGGCAACACGGGCCCAACUGCCUUCUGGCUCCUCUUGUAUCUGCUGAAACAUCCUGAGGCUCUGAAGGCUGUGAGAGAUGAGGUGGAUAAAGUCUCAAGGGAGAGUGGGCAGGAAAUAAAGGCAGGGAGCCCCCCAAUUACUGUCACUAGGGACAUGCUGAACCAGACUCCUCUGCUGGACAGUGCUCUGGAGGAGACCCUGAGGCUGGUGGCAGCCCCAAUGCUGGUCAGAGCUGUCCUCGAGGACACCUGUCUGACGACAAGCAGUGGGACAGAGUUCACCCUCCGCAAAGGAGACAGGGUGGCUCUGUUCCCACACAUCUCUGUGCAGAUGAACCCAGAAAUCCACGAGGAGCCUCACAAAUUUAAAUACGAUCGUUUUGUAAACCCAGAUGGCACCAGGAAAGAUUUCUACAGAAAUGGGAAAAAGCUGAAAUUUGUCAACAUGCCUUGGGGGGCAGGAGUUUCUACCUGUCCUGGGCGGUUCUUUGCUACUGCUGAAAUGAAAUUGUUUGUGUUCUUGAUGCUGAGUCACUUUGAACUGGAGCUGGUCAAUGAGGAGGAGGAGAUCCCAGCCAUAGAUAUCAGCCGCUGGGGGUUUGGGACGAUGCAGCCUGUCCAUGACAUUCAGUUCAGAUACCGGCCACGCUUUUAACCUGGGGAGUCCUGGUGGUGUUUGUUCUGGCGUCACCUAUGGGACAGAUUGUCUGAUCCCGUGGUUAUCAGAUCAGUGCAGUGCCAUCAUUGAUAUGAUCAUGUUUGCUCAAUGUUUGUCAUGGCUUUUGUUUUUACCUCCUCCUCAUGUGCUGCUGCUGUGUUGUGUUAGUUAUGGGAUAGAAGUUAAUCUGCACAGAGACAAAAUGUAUCCUGCCAGGCUAAUCCCAACCCCAUCCUGGGGGCCAUCAGCCCUUUGAAAGCCAGUAGGAACACAAGAUCAGAUUGGGAGGUGGAAACCCAAAUUCGGGGCUUCCAAGGAACAAGGGUUUUAUCCAGGUUCCUCCCCGGGCUGCCCCAGCAGAGCAUCAGGUCCCAGCAUGACUCCCAUGGAGAUGUGUCAUCAGGAACAGCUCUCUGGAUCACUGCCUGGCAUAAAGGGGGUUGUGUCAAGGCAGGGGAAACAUCCUAUGGUGUGUAGGGGAAUUUUGGGACUGCACAGAACUUAGGAGUGUUUGGGGGAAGAACCAAAGGGGGAUAAAGGAGGGAUUUUGUCACCCUGAAAAUUAAACCUUCUGAUCUUGUUUUCAUAGUUUCUAGCCACUUUCCCAGGAAAGUAACUAUAAA